UCUUGUCCUCCCCUCGUCGCGUCGGGGGCUCCGGGCUGCAGGCGGCUCUCAGCAGCUUCCUGCCCCGCCGGACGGUGCCCGACAAGCGGCUCGCCCUCAUCACUGAUCAUGCGCCUCGCUCUCCGGCUCCCCGCGGCUCCGCAGCAGGAAGUCAGCCGCGUCUCCGUCCCGUUGCUGCGCUCCUCUUCUUCCUCUUGACAGCCACAUUCGCGGCGGUAGCACUUCCAUUUUUUUCUAUAGCGUAUUCUUUUUCUCUCUUUUGUGUGUGUGUAAACCCCGCGGCUCUGUAAAAGCCGGAGACCGGCCAGCAGCCACCUCCUCCACCUCCUCCCUCUGCCCGGUCAGGGAGUGCAGGUUCAUGGAGGCCCCGGCGGAGCAGAAGGAGCCGUCGCCGACGGACGAGACCCUGCCUCUGCCGACCUUGAGUCCGGCCGUGCCCACCUACGUCACGUUGGGCCUGACGGUGGUCUACACGGUCUUCUACUCCCUCCUCUUCAUCUUCGUCUACGUGCAGCUGGGGCUGGUCCUGCGCUACCGGCACAAGCGCUACAGCUACCAGACGGCGUUCCUGUCGCUGUGCCUGCUGUGGUCGGCCCUGCGCACCGUGCUCUUCUCCUUCUACUUCAAGAACUUCGUCACGGCCAACACGUUGGGUCCGUUCCCCUUCUGGCUGCUCUACUGCUUCCCCGUGUGCCUCCAGUUCUUCACGCUCAGCCUCAUGAACCUGUACCUGGCGCAGGUUGUUUUCAAAGCCAAGUCGAAAUAUGCACCCGAGCUGUUGAGAUACAGGCUGCCGCUGUACCUGCUCUUCCUCUCCAUCAGCCUGGUGUUUCUCGUGGUGAACCUGGCGUGUGCGCUGCUGGUGAGGAUGUCCUCUGCAGAGGCCCGCACCAUCGUGCUCGUGAGGGUCGCCAUCAACGACACGCUUUUUGUCCUGUGUGCCGUCUCGCUCUCCCUGUGCCUUUACAAAGUCGCUAAGAUGUCCCUGGCCAACAUCUACCUGGAAUCCAAGGGGACGUCCGUGUGCCAGGUGACGGCUGUCGGAGCCAUUGUCAUCCUCCUCUACUCCUCCAGGGCCUGCUACAAUCUGGUCGUCCUGGGACUCUCAAACAAGAGCAUCAACUCUUUCGACUACGACUGGUACAACGUUUCCGACCAGGCGGAUUUGCGGUCGACUCUGGGCGACGGCGGCUACGUGGUCUUUGGGGUGAUCUUGUUCGUGUGGGAGCUGCUCCCGACCUCUCUCGUGGUUUUCUUCUUCAGAGUGCGGCAGCCGGACCUCGACAGGAGUGGCAACGGGCUCGCUGGUCACGUCUUCUCCUCCGGGGGUUAUUUCUUCGACAACCCGCGGCGAUACGACAGCGACGACGACCUGGCGUGGAGCGUCAUGCCUCAGAACAUCCAAGCAAGUCUGGUCGCCGACAGUCCCGAGUGGGGGAGCGAGAGCAGCAGCAGCAUCGGCGCCUACAUCGGAGGAGUCGACAGCUUCCCGCCGCCGCCUCCUCCUCCAGAGGAGGACGAGGAGGAGCUCAGACAUUACUGAGCAGAGUCCUCGGCGGCUGUUCUUAUUUUUAUAUUUUUAACAGUCUCUUCGGCGUCUACUCCAUACAUUCAGUCUUCUGUUUUAAAUAGUGAAGAAUAACAGACUUUUCUGCCAGUACAUGAAGGUCCACUAAUGGGAUAUUCAUGUUGCACACUUCUUGUACAAAGAGAUUUUUAAACUGCUUUUACAACUGUUUAGUGUAUAGUUUGUAUUGAAUAUGGCUUAAUAUAUUUCCUGAAUUUUGUAAUAUGAACAGUUACUAUUUUAUGUACGGUCUACUUUUCAUACCUAAGUGUUUAUAUAGAGGAGAUAUCCAUUAAUAAUUCAUAUUAAAAGUUUAAAUGCUGUGAAGGUGGUCGUUUCUUAUAAUACACAAACACCUUAUUGACAGUAGCUUGCUCUUACUUUCCCUUAAAUAUAUGUUUUUUAUCCUUAAUUGGAUAAUGC